UCUCUCUAUUUAGCGAUUGGGAUUAGUUCAUUGUCUUUUCGCAUUCUAAGAAAGAAGGGGUAAUUGACACUAACACAGGAGGAGAUUACAUCGCGGGAUAUACCAUUUUCCUCCACGUCGGAGGUUUGGUACAAAACGUCUCCUAAGUAUUGUCCUUUAAGAUUUUGAAGAAUGGAAGGUUCAGGCAGUUUAUCCAACGCAGGAAAUUUUGGAUCUGUUGGAAGACAAUCACAAGCUUCCCAAAUGAACAGGGAGAAUAGUAUUUCUCCUCCAAGUAAUAUGCACCAUCACAGUGCUUCUUUAAAUAAUCUUCUCAUAGAUGAGCAACCACCUUGGCUCGAUGAUCUCCUAAGCGAGCCAGCGUCACCUAAGAUCAACAAAGGUCAUAGGCGUUCAGCUAGUGACACAUCUGCCUACUUGAACUCAGCUUUUAUGCCUUUUAGAGAAGAUGACCUUCUGAAUAGUCAUUUUUCUGGGCCAUCUGGGCUAGUGCAGAACAUUAAUCGGCAUGAUGAUUUGUGGCAGCCUAACUCUUACGACAACCACGGUAAAUUGGGAUGGGAGUUUUCUAACAAAAAUGGAACUAAUUUCCAAACACAUGUGUCCUGGGGAGCUGUAAAUAAAGCAGGUACCUCUGCCUCGAAAUCAGCUGAAACACAAGUAAGUAAAAUGAAAGAAGGCUCUUUCACAAAACCAGACGGUCCUGGAUCAAAAACUGACUCUAAACGUAUCAAACACCAAAAUGCUCACCGGGCACGUCUAAGGAGGCUUGAGUACAUAUCAGAUUUGGAAAGAACCAUCCAAGUGCUACAAGCUCAAGGAUGUGAAAUGUCAUCUGCCAUUCACUACUUGGAUCAACAGCUAGUCAUGCUUAGCAUGGAAAAUAGAGCAUUAAAACAACGUCUGGAUAGUUUAGCAGAAAUCCAAAAGCUUAAACAUGUGGAGCAACAAUUCCUUGAAAGAGAGAUAGGAAAUCUGAAGUUUCGAAAGCACCAACAACAACCACAACAAAAUCAGAAACAAAUGCAGCAGAACCGAUACGACAACUACCGCCCACCCGCCACACAGGAACCCGAGUCCCAGUUUGCAGCCUUGGCAAUAUGAUUUAGGAAAUUCUGGAUCCAGUUCCAGUUAAAUUUCUCACUAUGCUCUAUAAUAAGAUCUUAUAAAUCUUUUUCUCAAUGUUCAUAUACGAUAGGUAACCCAGUAAAGUUUGCAGUCUUGAAUGAAUGCCUGAGAAAAGUAUAGUAGUAACAUAUAUUAUAAUGUGGAUGUUCAAGUUC